CGGGCGCGGGCUGGGCAGCACUCCGACCGCGGCGGGAGCCGGGCGGCCGUGUCGUCAGUCGGGCGAGCGAGGCGGCGGCGGCAGCCGGGCCGGGGCCGGGACCGGGGCUGGGGCAGCGGCGGCCGCGCGGGGCAUGGAGCAGGCAAGCCCGCGCUGAGGCAGGACGCGCCUGCUAGCCGCGAGCGAGAGGCUCUCCGUCGUCCGGCGCGCGGGCUCCCCGACCCGGGCCAGGCAAACUUUUCUUUCUUUUUUGCCCUCCCCAGAGGCGCCUUCUUCGGCGGGCGGACCGACUCCUCGGCGCGGCGGGGCCGGGGCAAGCUGGACGCAGCAUGAUGCGCGCAGUGUGGGAGGCGCUGGUGGCGCUGGCAGCGGUGGCGUGCCUGGUGAGCGCGGUGCGCGGCGGGCCCGGGCUCAGCAUGUUCUCGGGCCAGGCGGCGCAGCCCGACCCCUGCUCCGACGAGAACGGCCACCCUCGCCGCUGCAUCCCCGACUUUGUCAACGCGGCCUUCGGCAAGGACGUGCGCGUGUCCAGCACCUGCGGCCGGCCCCCGGCGCGCUACUGCGUGGUGAGCGAGCGCGGCGAGGAGAGGCUGCGCUCUUGCCACCUCUGCAACGCUUCGGACCCCAAGAAGGCGCACCCGCCCGCCUUCCUCACGGAUCUCAACAACCCGCACAACCUGACGUGCUGGCAGUCCGAAAACUACCUGCAGUUCCCUCACAACGUCACGCUCACACUGUCUCUCGGGAAGAAGUUCGAGGUGACCUACGUGAGCCUGCAGUUCUGCUCGCCACGGCCCGAGUCCAUGGCCAUCUACAAGUCCAUGGACUAUGGGCGCACGUGGGUGCCCUUCCAGUUCUACUCCACGCAGUGCCGCAAGAUGUACAAUCGGCCGCACCGCGCGCCCAUCACCAAGCAGAAUGAGCAGGAGGCCGUGUGCACUGACUCCCACACCGACAUGCGUCCGCUCUCGGGCGGCCUCAUCGCCUUCAGCACGCUGGACGGGCGGCCCUCUGCGCACGACUUCGACAACUCGCCAGUGCUGCAGGACUGGGUAACGGCCACCGACAUCCGCGUGGCCUUCAGCCGCCUGCACACUUUCGGCGAUGAGAACGAGGACGACUCGGAGCUGGCGCGCGACUCGUACUUCUACGCGGUGUCGGACCUGCAGGUGGGCGGCCGCUGCAAGUGCAACGGCCACGCAGCCCGCUGCGUGCGCGACCGCGACGACAGCCUGGUGUGUGACUGCAGACACAACACGGCCGGUCCGGAGUGCGACCGCUGCAAGCCGUUCCACUAUGACCGGCCCUGGCAGCGCGCCACGGCCCGCGAAGCCAACGAGUGCGUGGCCUGCAACUGCAACCUGCACGCCCGGCGCUGCCGCUUCAACAUGGAGCUCUACAAGCUGUCGGGGCGCAAGAGCGGGGGCGUCUGCCUCAACUGCCGCCACAACACUGCCGGCCGCCACUGCCACUACUGCAAGGAGGGCUACUACCGCGACAUGGGCAAGCCCAUCACCCACCGCAAGGCCUGCAAAGCCUGUGAUUGCCACCCUGUGGGCGCUGCCGGCAAAACCUGCAACCAGACCACUGGCCAGUGUCCCUGCAAGGACGGCGUUACCGGCAUCACGUGCAACCGCUGCGCCAAGGGCUACCAGCAGAGCCGCUCGCCCAUCGCGCCCUGCAUAAAGAUCCCCGUGGCACCACCGACCACCACAGCCAGCAGCGUGGAGGAGCCAGAAGACUGUGAUUCCUACUGCAAGGCCUCCAAAGGGAAACUGAAGAUUAACAUGAAAAGGUACUGCAAGAAGGACUAUGCCGUCCAAAUCCACAUCCUGAAAGCGGACAAGGCGGGGGACUGGUGGAAGUUCACGGUGAACAUCAUCUCCGUGUACAAGCAGGGCGCGAGCCGCAUCCGCCGCGGUGACCAGAGCCUGUGGAUCCGCUCGCGGGACAUCGCCUGCAAGUGCCCCAAAAUCAAGCCUCUCAAGAAGUAUUUGCUGCUGGGCCACGCUGAGGACUCGCCCGACCAGAGCGGCAUCGUGGCGGACAAGAGCAGCCUGGUGAUCCAGUGGCGGGACACGUGGGCGCGGCGGCUGCGCAAGUUCCAGCAGCGCGAGAAGAAGGGCAAGUGCAAGAAGGCCUAGCGCGGAGGCCACGGCGCGCGGGGCCGUCGGGCGGGGCGCGGGACCCGGCCGAGCGCGAGCGCGCGACCCGCCACCGCUGCAGCCUGGACUUGGCCCCGCAGGGCUUUCCCAGGUGGGGGGCGGGGGCGGGGCCGCGGCCUGCGCGGGGGCGGGGCCCUCGGCGGCCCCUCCCCUGCGCUGCCCCGGUCCCGCCCCCCCGCGCGUCCCGGGCGGGAGCGGCGCGCCGGGCAGGGUGCGCAGCAGGCCAGGCCCUGGAGAAAUGAGGGCGAGACUUAAGCUACCUCACGGGCACCUUCCAGAGCAGCGACCGCGGCCCUAGGGCCAGGCGGGGUUGCCGCGCCGGGGGGCGGGCAGCCUGACCUGGGGCCGAGGCUCUGCCCGGAAACGCGCCGGUGGGGCCGCGCCCGCGGCUCGUGGACGGUCAGGAGGGGGCCGUGAGGGGACCUGAAUUCUCAGGCCCGCAGCCUGGGCGGGGGGCUGAGCGGGCCGGUCAAACCCCCCCCCCCC